UCCGGUGCGCAUGGAUGGGACGUCACGUCAGCUGCCGUCGUGUCGGGAUUGGAAUGUUACCGACUAACAAUCGGAACAACUGAGCACUCGGUAAUUGGACACUAGGAUCAAGGAAUCCCGUCUUUUUUUAAAAACAUUUUUCCUCAGCUCUUCACCCGGUGUGAGCUCAGCGUUUGUUGCCCUGGUGCAGACCGGAUAACUUCCCCUCGCCGAUGCGCUUUUUUCAUUUUAUAUCAGCGCGUAUGAGGCUGUGUGUGUGGAGCUUGUAAUAAAUAAGAAGAGAAAUGCAGGGAUUCGUCAGGUUACACUUGUACCGAUGAGCUGCCCCUGUGCUACGACGCUUUCCUCCGGUUUUUCCUGCUUCUCCUCAACCGAGACUAUGGAGUGAUAAAAAAGAGAGAGAGAGAGAAAGAGAGAGACAGAGAGAGAGAGAGAGAGAGGGGGAAUAGGACGAAAUCACCCCAAGGCGUUUUUUGGAUCUGAGCGCGGCGGCCACACCGACGGGGCUUUUUUUUAAAUACACUCCCGGUGAAUGUGCACCGAGUUUACCAUCUAAACCGGGGGUAUACCUUUCCGUCUGGGAGAGCCUCGGGGACCCCUGCCGCUGUUUAUCCGGUGGGAGAGAGAGAGAGUUCCCAGACGGCAGCCGGACAGUUUUCCAUUUGAAUAGCCACCACACAUGCAGUCUGAAUGAGGCUGAGAAGAAGCGCAAGGGGAAGAGAGAGCCGUGUAUGAUUGUGUCCGAGACUGAGAGUCUUGAGUCCGGGCAUCUUUUCUAUAUAGGUGCACCCUAGCCCCCCUGCUGUAGGCGCCCGUGCGAUAUGCUGAAACUCUACAGAAGAGGGAGAGAGGGACACUACUUUUAAAAUCGCCCACAUGCACUGGAUCAAUUGCUGGAUUUGGGAACCGAAUACGCAGAAGGGGGGUUGGGGAUCCUUGGAGGCUGCCGGAGGAUGGAGCGGUGUAGCCGGGGUUGGUGAGAGCCUAACUUCGGGCCACUUUACAUUUCUUAUUCCUAAAACAACUCGCCCCUGUUUCCAGGACACAUGCAGGCCAAAAAACGCUACCUGAUCCUGCUCUCCGCCGGUGCGUGUCUAGUGCUUCUCUUCUACCUCGGAGGGGUUCAACUUCCAGCGGCGAGCAGGAGCCGGCAUGACCGCAGCCGGAAUGGGUACCGGCCCGACCAGCCCUGGCCUCACUUCUCGGACCCUUUACAACCUUUCCUGCCCUGGGAUCACACGGACACCGAGGAGUACAACCUGCACAUAUCUCCGAGGCAGAAGAGGGACGUCAACACCAGUGUUUACAAAGGCAAACGGUGCCGAAUGGAUUCAUGCUUUGAUUUCUCUCUGUGUAAAAAGAACGGAUUCAAAGUUUAUGUUUACCCGCAGCAGAAAGGGGAGAAGAUCUCAGAGAGUUACCAGAAUAUUUUAUCGACCAUAGAGGGGUCCAGGUUUUACACUUCAGACCCCGGACAGGCGUGUCUGUUCGUCCUGAGUUUGGACACGCUGGAUCGGGACCAGCUGUCCCCGCAAUACGUCCACAACCUGAAGACCAAGGUCCAGAACCUGCCUCUGUGGAACGACGGCAGGAACCAUCUCAUAUUUAACUUGUACUCGGGGACGUGGCCGGACUAUACGGAAGAUUUGGGCUUUGACAUCGGCCAGGCUAUGUUGGCUAAAGCCAGCAUCAGCACCGAUAACUUCAGGCCCAACUUCGACGUGUCCAUCCCCCUCUUCUCCAAGGAGCACCCGAGGACCGGUGGAGAGAGGGGGUUCCUCAAGUACAACUCCAUCCCGCCUUUCAGAAAAUACAUGCUGGUGUUCAAGGGGAAGCGCUACCUGACAGGUAUCGGCUCGGACACCAGGAAUGCCUUAUAUCACGUCCACAACGCCGAGGAUGUGGUGCUGCUCACCACCUGCAAGCAUGGCAAAGACUGGCAGAAGCACAAGGACGCACGCUGUGACAAGGACAACGCAGAGUAUGACAAGUACGACUACAAGGAGAUGCUCCACAACUCCACCUUCUGUUUGGUGCCCCGCGGCAGACGACUGGGCUCCUUUCGUUUCCUCGAGGCGCUGCAGGCUGCAUGUGUGCCGGUGAUGCUGAGUAACGGCUGGGAGCUGCCUUUCUCCGAGAUCAUCGACUGGAACACAGCUGCAGUCAUCGGCGACGAGAGGCUCCUGCUGCAGAUUCCAACCACGGUGCACUCCAUCCACCAGGACAAGAUCCUGUCCCUCAGACAGCAGACUCAGUUCCUGUGGGAGGCGUACUUCUCCUCGGUGGAGAAGAUAGUGCUGACCACAUUAGAGAUCAUCCAGGACCGGGUGCUGGAGCACGGUUCCCGGAGCAGCCUGAUGUGGAACAGUCACCCAGGAGGACUGUUCGCCCUGCCGCAGUACUCCGGCUACCUGGGAGACUUCCCCUUCUACUACGCCACGCUGGGUAUCAAACCGUACCCCAAGUUCACAGCCGUCAUCCACGCCGUCUCCCCUCUGGUGUCCCAGUCGCAGCCCAUACUCAAGCUACUAGUGGCUGUGGCCAAAUCCCAGUACUGUGCACAGAUUAUUGUUCUCUGGAACUGUGACAAGCCUCUCCCCGCCAAGCACCGCUGGCCUGCCACCUCAGUGCCCGUCAUCGUCAUCGAGGGUGAAAAUAAGGUGAUGAGCAGCCGCUUCUUGCCCUAUGAAACCAUUGUGACCGACGCUGUCCUCAGCCUGGAUGAAGACACAGUGUUGUCCACCACAGAGGUGGACUUCGCCUUCACCGUGUGGCAGAGUUUUCCAGAGAGGAUCGUAGGUUACCCUGCACGCAGCCACUUCUGGGACAGCAACAAGGAGCGUUGGGGCUACACAUCCAAAUGGACCAACGACUAUUCGAUGGUGCUGACUGGAGCUGCCAUCUACCACAGGUAUUAUCACUACCUGUACACCAACUACUUGCCCACCAGUCUGAAGAGCAUGGUGGACCAGCUGGCCAACUGCGAGGACAUCCUGAUGAACUUUUUGGUCUCUGCUGUCACCAAGCUGCCGCCCAUCAAGGUCACACAGAAGAAACAGUACAAGGAGACUAUGAUGGGACAGUCUUCGAGGGCUUCCCGCUGGGCCGAUCCGGACCACUUCGCCCAGCGCCAGACCUGCAUGAACAAGUUCGCCAGCUGGUUUGGCGCCAUGCCGCUGGUCCACUCCCAGAUGAGACUGGACCCCGUCCUAUUCAAGGACCAGGUCUCAAUCCUUCGCAAGAAAUACAGGGACAUCGAGAGGCUCUGACAGGACCGGCGCCCCCUCGCGGGAGACCCCACGCAGGGGGAGGCGCGAGAGAGAGACUCGGUGGAGAGUAGAAGGAGUAGUCGGACUACAGCGGGAUGGACAGGGAGCGACGCAGCUCUGUCUUCCACUCAGCACAUUGCCAAUGACCACAGCGCCGCCGCUGCUGCUGCCAGGACUUGACACGGGGAACGGACGAACAGGAGAAAAGCAGAUGGCGUUUUGGAUUUGAAAAAAAACAAACAAAUAAAUAAAAGAAACAAACACAGACAGACAAAGAGAAAGUGACGGACAUGACAAAACAGUACUGUAUGUUCGCAAAUGUGCAAACACGCAGCGCACACUACUGACGACGAGAACUCUUGGAUAGAAUAUUUUUUUGUACGACACGAACGAGGAUGACAUUGACUUUCCUGCUCUCUCGGCACAUGCGCAGGACGGUAGAAGAGGGAAGGUGUCCGUGAUCGCAAACCUGGCAACCCCCACCCACCCCUCCUAACCCCCACCCCA